AUGAUGUUCGUUUUCCAUAUGGCGCUGGUUUUCCAAGCGCUUGCAAGUGAGCCAGGAGGAGCUCAGUCACACGUUGCUAUCAUGCGCAGCGAGUCGAUGAGGCAGGACUUUCCGUCCGACCCCCUCCUCGGCUAUGGCGCACCGCACGGCGCCUUGCAAGGCUACGGCGGCAUGCCGCUCGCCUCUAGCCCUGGAGGUGGGCUGCCUGGCCUGAACCUCCCGAAGAUCGAUCUAGGCGCGAGCUUCGGUGGAGGCUCGACAGGCGGAGGGCCUGGGCCCGACUCUGGGCCAUCCGGGCCUAUGGCACACAUGGCGCCUAUGGGGCCCAUGGGCCCUGGCCCAAUGGGCCAGAUGGGCCCUAUGGGCCCUAUGGGCCCUAUGGGCCCAAUGGGGCCCGCAGUGCAAAUGGGCCCAGGUGGUCCCAUGGGCCCCAUGGGUUCGAUGGGCCCGGGUCCCAUGGGCCCGGGUCCCAUGGGCCCGGGGCCUAUGGGCCCGCCGGUGGCUGCAUCCGGGCCGCCGUUUGGACAAGGCCAAGUGCCGACUUCCACCGACACGGGCCCUGCACUACCUUGGGAGCCACUGGCUGGGGCAGACUGCGUGGUGCCCAUGUGGAACAUGCAGGAGUUCCUGUGCGAAGAGCAUGGUGAAGUACCGGAGGAGCGUGUCUUGGAGGAUUCCAAGGGCAUCAAGCGCAAGCGCCUGAAAGACGGGGAGGACUGCACUACCAGAUGCCCCCACGCACGCUGGUGGCAGGCACCCAGCCAAGAGACCAUGAUCUGCAAAGAUGGGCGGUGGCGCGAUGACACUGGCCGCGUGGCGAAGGAGUUGAUCUGCGACACCCGGAACUCGUUUUACUUCGGGACACUCCUGGUGGUCGCGAUCCUAGCCUUCCUUUGCACGCCCGGCGGCCGAAAGUCCUUCAAGAAGGCGGCGGGGCGCAAAGCUGAAGCCAUCAAGGCGAAGGUCCGCCGCAAGCGUGCGGGAGGAGAGGAGUCGGAGCCGGACUCCCCAAAGGAGACCCAAGACUCGGAGCCGCAGAAGGCUCCGGAGGCGCAGGAGGCAGCGGCACCUGGCGCGGAGCCUGCAGAGAAGGAGAAGGAGCCCGCUGAGCAGCGCCCAUAG